AUCUCAUUCUUGCAUUCCCGCGUCCUGUGCGCACUUGGAUCAUGUUGCCGGACGAGGCCACAUCGGUCGUCAAAGCCGAGGAAGACGUCGACGUCUCCGGCACCCGCACGAAGCGUACGAAGUCCAAGACGCGAGCCAAGAAACGCGACGCCGAGAUGUCUGGGCGACGCCCCAGUAGCGAGAAACCCCGUCGCUCGACGCUGAAAAGUCCGCAACAGAAGCGCGAAGACUCGAGCGCCAACCUCGUGGGCUCGUCAGCGUCCUCUGGCGACUCGGACGAGCGCGACUCGAGCUCCAGCAGCGACAAGAGCCACAAGAGCCACAAGAGCAGCGAAAGCGGAGGCGUUACACGGCGUCGCAGCAAGCGAAACCCUAAAUCAAACCCUAGCGACACAAAGAGUGAGCGUCGCUACUCUUCAUCCACCCCAGAGCCCGGAAAAUUCAGGUACUUAAAGCCUGACGAGAUCCAAAGCGGACAACUACCCGACUAUGACUUCGCAGUCAUCGUGAACCGCAAAGUCCACUUACCUGGCUGUAUGAAGCGAGCAAUUUGCUGCAUCUGUUGCUGUUCCACUUCCGCUGGCCAGUCGACAGUGCCCAGAACCCCCAUGGACAGUAUCGCUGAUGCUAAUCACGAACGCUCAGGCUUUAAGCGCCUGUGUAUGGCCAGUCCACCUGUGUUGAAUGAGAGCGAAGACGAACACCGUCGCAUCGUGAACAAACUGUGCAGCCAAGGCCUGCUCGUGGAUAUCAUCGAUGGAGGCGAUUCCAAGGGCGAAAUGCACUCUGGAUACCUGAUUCUCCUGAUUCGAGCGCCUGAUACCGUGGUCAUGUCCUUGGUCAAGCAAUUCCGGACCAAGAUGUGGAUGGAACACGGCGCUGUGGUGGACAUGGAGCAAGACGUGGCUCAACGUCGAGAUGACCCCACGACUCCAGCCGAACGUAUUGAAAUUGUGGAUUUUAUUAUCGAGCAACGCGCACGACUGUCGAAAAGUGAUAUCUGGAUCCACGACCUCUUCCCCAUGCACAACCAGAGCGUGACCAAUACGUUGAUCCACCGAUGGGUUACGUCCUGGCGGUUGCAUGAACUGGACGACAAGAAAGUUUUGCGUUCUUUACGCUACAAUUUCGGUGAAAAAGUGGCGUAUUAUUUCGCGUUCCUCAAAUAUUACAACACGUGGCUGAUUCCACUCGCUGCUAUCGGGAUUUUACUGGAACUUCUACGUGGAGUGAUCUCCAUGACGUCGUAUAUGCGGUUGCUGCCUUUCUGGGGUCUUGGGGUGUCGGUGGUGUGGGGAUUUGGCUUCCUCAAGUCCUGGGAACGCGAGAAUGCGUGUAUGCAGUAUGAUUGGACGGGCAAACUGCAUGUGAAGCAGAUUGAGUAUCGCAACAAACAGUUUUACGGAGAAUCAAGGGUGAACGCCUUAACAGGAGAGACGGAGUUGGUGUACCCGGCGUGGAGACGACUGCCCAAGUACUUUUGCGUGUUUCUUUUCAUGUUGUUGCAAAUGCUGAUCAUGCUGAUACUGGUGGCCAGCUGGGUUACGAUCUAUGAGAUCUUGAAAGCUACAUACAAGGAGAGUUACAUCUUCUCGGUCCAGUGGCUACUGAUCUUACUUGAAGGCAUUGUUUUCGGGUUCUUCGUGGACGUUGUGCAGUGGAAUAUGGUGGUGACCAAGAUGGGUGCGUUGUUCACCCAUUGGGAGAAUUACCGGACUGAAGAACAGUACGAGAAGGCGUUGAUCCGCAAGCUUUUCCUGCUUGAUUUCCUUAAUUACUACACGUGGUUCUUCUCGCUGGCUUUCGUCUUUGUGAUCCCGGGACUCGGGAAUUACUUGACGAACACGUUCAACCACAUGUUCUUUGGCGACGAGAUGAACUGCUGCUUCGGGCCUUAUGUAGACCAAGACGGCUCGUGUACCAUGUGUCCUGUUGGAGACAAGGACGCUAAUUGUAUCGAGUGUGUCGGCUUCUUCACGUUUGAUCGCCGUCACGUGGAUUUGAGUGCCAUGUUCGUCACCCCCAUUGUCAUCACGCAGUCGUUGAACAUCUUACUGAGAUUGGUGGCCCCCAUACUAGUACGCAAGCGUCGUGAAAAAGCGCAAGCUCGUGCUGAUGCUCAAGCGCAAAAGCGUGUUCGUGAAGCAGGCUCAAUGAAGAUUUUGGGCUCUUUGGACUACGAGAACCAGAAGGAAUCGCAGUUCGGCAACAAGUCCAGCUCUCGAUACCUGGAGUAUACCCCAUCAGAGAUCGAGGUGCUUAAUAAGAAGGCACGGCAGAUCCUUUUCGACAGCGAGCAAGACACGUACGACCCAUACGAUGACUUCCACGUUUUGACAGUGCAGUAUGGAUUCACUGUCAUGUUCUCGAUGUUAUGGCCACUAAUGCCGUUCGCGUGCUUCCUGAUCAACAGCGUCAAGGGCCGUACUGAUGGCUAUCGACUCUGCAAGACACUGAAGCGCCCGAUCCCUCGACGAGCGAAUGGUAUUGGAGCUUGGAAGGGGAUUCUCACAACAUACGCGUACAUCGCAGUGAUUGUCAAUGUGCUGCUUAUCUGCAUCUCGACUGGCGUGCUCGAGUUCUUUGAUGAAACGUGCGUGAUUGACAUUGAGCAUCAACUGGAAAAACAAGGGAAAACACUGGACGAUUUCGUGUUCGGACCGAAUUUUGGCUGUCUGCAUAUUGCUUGGCGCUUGCUGUUUAUUCUUCUGCUGGAGCAUUUGUUCGUGACGGUGGCGUAUGUGGGGAUGCAGCGUAUUCCUCAUGUGCCCAGUUGGAUUAAGAAUGUCAUGAGCUCUCGGGAGAACAAGUUUAAAACGCUGUUACGUGAACACGAGCUGGAAUUAUUCCCUCCUAACACUAGUGAAGGGAAUAGCGGUACAGCUGAAAAUGAUAAGAAGACGGGGUCAUCUGACCCGUUCCGGAUCGAUAUCAAGCGGCUUGUGGGGUUUGGAGGGAACACUACCAGCAUGUCGAGUCACAGUACUCGCUCUUCAUCCGCUCAGCCGUCAGCUCCACCUUCGACGACUGCGGUGCCUCCUCGCUCGAUAUUAAUCGACCCCAUGACGCCACUCUCACGCGCUCCUAGUGAUUUGGAGUUCCCGACCAGCACUGGAGUUCGCACCAAAGCUCGUGAAAAGCUGGCACGGCAAUGGUCGGAUGGCUCAGACCACUAAUUAAGAUCUGUAGCUAAGGUUGCAAGGCUCAAAUGAAAGUAAAUAUGUAUUGACGUUUCUUGAAAGUUGGUUGCAACAAAGAACAAGAACAUUAACCCCCUUCAUUCUUUUGAAGGUGGUUUCAACAGCAAUGGAAACGUGACUACCGAUUUUUCGCUCAGGUUGCUGUUGCAGUAGUCAGGGAUACAGUAUACUUCCUCCUCGCGAAAUGAUUGGUCUAUUUAGUUUUUGUAGGUGGAGAUAAUGAUUGGGUAUACUAACAAGUCAAAAUAUUUUUUGUCAGA